AAACAAAACGCAACAACAAUACGACAAGUAGACACAGAAGCCAUGAGCUGCCCAAACGCGUUCGUGAAGAAAGAGUGGGAGAUCAAUGAGUUUGAACCCAUGCCAGCUCGGCCCUACCUGGACGUGGUCGAUCCUUGCGCCCGUUGCCGCGGGUCUGUACACAAAUCAACCUCGAGCAAGCCCUGGGAACAGUGCAUGAGACAGCGCAGGCAGUGCCUUAGGAGAAACGAGGAUCACCCUCUGCCUCCAAUACGGCGGGUUCCUAUUGACGAGCUCGACGAAGAUAGGGACUUUGCGUGUGUUUUUCAGGCCGAUGGCAGCGACACCAUUACGUGGGACAAGGAGACCCGCUGCAGGGUUCCUUGCGACAAGUGCUGGAACCUGGCGCAAUGCCUGAGGAUGAAGCACACUCUGGACCCGCAUGACAUCGCCUUCCUCGACAUCGAUGACGCCCCGGGGGUUACCCCAGCCAAGCGUUCGUGCAAGAAUAGCAGCCCUUCUGGCUCCGCGACGAAGACCCCGGGGUCAGGAGAGAGGGCCCCGAAACGAGCGCGCACAAGCCCGAGUAAGGGCCUGGUCGUGGAGCCAAGAGCCGCCGGAGGGUCUUGCCCGCCCGCCCCACCUGUCGCUCCCACUCCCUUUCCCCUUUUACCGCCGAGGCCUCCCGUGGCGCCGGUCUCGGUGACGGGACCGACGGUGCCCCUGGUAAGCAGCACGCGCUCGUACUACUCCGCAGUGGGAUGCUUCGAUCGCAGAGGUAACCCCAUUUUGAGGGGUAACCCCGUUCCGGACGUGGGCAAGGGGAAGGGGCCGGCUCGCAAACAGUCUGCGGGCGGCGGCGGCGGCGGCGACGGUGGUGCUAGUGGCGGCAGCGAUGAAGCUGGGGGUAAGUGUACCCCGCGAAUGCCUUCUCCAGACGCGGGUGCAGGAGCGGGAGCCGGAGUAGGAGCGCGGAGGAAUCAGCUGUAUGCCUCGAACAAGCGAAAUGACAUCUACAUGGACAAGCUUCGCGAGCUGGUGCAGCUGGCGGCCAGCAAGGUUAAAGAGACGAGCGACCACCUCGUGGACCUGGACAACGUCAAGAAGUACGCGAGGGCUCAGAUCAGGGACGCGGAACGCCUUCUGAGUUCGUCCGAGAUCAAGGAGCAACAAGCGCAGGCAAAGCUCGCCCGGUUCAAGGUCGAGGAAGCCGAGGCGAAGGGCCUGCUGAAACAAGCGCUGGUUGGUAGCGCUCAGAAGCUUCAGGCCGAAGCGGCGCGAUUGGAGAAAGAGGCGCGGUUGUUGCCAUAGCCGGGCGAUCACUUGCAGUGGCUGGACAAUCAAGUGCUGAGGCCAUUGAGACUUGCGGGUGGCAAUGGCAAUUAUAGAAUGUAGUGGAGGGACUCCGGCCAAACAAUUCGACGAGAACAAAUAUUACAACUGAAUGGGAAUGAUUUUCUUAGGUAUUGUGCAGCGCCAAAUAUGAUUUCUGUAAAGGUGUACCCCGUUAGGGUAGUUGACUUCAUUCCGCGGAAGGCGUCCGCGUCAGUUGGACCAGUACGGACAAUUGAAGGUACUGAGCGGAGACCGGAACAGUUUUUUCGAUGUGAGGACAACAACCACAAAUCUGGGCCAUCUGCCUCUACCUCGGCGUGCGUCACACGUUGAACGUUUUCCGCUCACACCAUCUAGCUAAUGUGGUCAACCCCGUUAGAGAGUGUGGUCACUAUGUCGAAUCUACAUUUGACGUGUGCCCACCGCCUUAAAUGUCCGCCCCAUGGUGCUUUUUACGAGUUGUAGAGACCGCAUUUGUCCCCGUUGUGAAAAGCGACUCGCCAAUGCGUCGUAAUUUUUUGGUACCGUGUUUGGCAUCUAAGUGCGCUGUUCUAUUCGUUUGUAGGUGGCUGGUUUCAACAUAUUAUAUGCAUAAGCGAGCGCGUGUAUCCGCUUUACCCGAAGGCAGUGUAAGCGUUGUCGCAAACGUUUCCAUUUCUAGGACCAACUUGCUUCGGUCGUGGCCGGGUUCCUUGACGCCGUGCUCGUGACGGAAUAUUGACACCUUGCGCUUUUUUCUUAGUGUUUGGAAUGGGCUAAAACCGCCGGCUGUCGCAAUGGUAGUCGGUUGGCGCCGCUGGAUAUGGCGCAUAGCCCAAGACCUCCUGUGGGUGUCGACUCUGUGUUUUGGUUGGCGCUUGAUCGAAGUCAUGUGUGUCAAGCCGAAUUCCACACUACACCAUCAGAUUUCGCCGUCGUCGCGAUAUUGUGUCCGAUCCUUUCGUGUUACUAGAACUGUUGAUGGAGCUUUUCCUCAGCUGCAGCCAGCGAGCAGGUACCACCCCCCUCCCCGUCAAUCCCCUCAACAAAACUUCCCCUGUCCCUCUGCCAGGGCUAGCCCUUCUCAUGCCAUCCUUGUUGUGGUAGCCUUCCACAAAGCAACGCUGACAGAUAUGGCUGUCAACCGCCAACUCCCCUCUCGAGCUGCUAAACCUGUCAAUAGAAGCCCUUUGCAACCGGAAAUGUGAGGUCAACACUCUGACUCACGCACCCGCCGAAUGCCAAUGUGUACCUCUAGGUGACGCCAGGCAGAUGGCAAAAAACGCCUUCUAGGCGUUUCCACCUUUCCAAGUUUGCAAAGAAGCACGUCGGCCGGUCGCCAAACAUCUGCUGCUAGGGUUGAAGUCCUCCUUGACGCGGCCGCCGUCACACAGCCGCCUGUGGUUGGCGUCAACCUCAAAGAAGGCGAUCGCUCCCGCAACAUGUUUGGCUCGUAGGUGUUUCCACCUGGAAUUGCCGCGCAGUUUGGGUUGGUGGCACGCGUUGCAGACGCGCACCCCGUCCAACAACAUGCCGCACCCCUCUUCACCACAAAGAGGUCGGGGUCCUCGUCGGGGCCCUCGGUUUUUUCAUGCACUGGUUUGGGUGCUGCGAACGCGGGCUGUGACCCACUACCGCCACCCCUCGUGCUUGCGCGUGUCCGCCGACGGUGACCGUGUGCUGCUCGUCGCUGGUCGCCCCCCCGCCGGUCUGACCAGUCUCAAUGACCCGCGGGCAACGGGAGUGCCAAUCACUGUCUGCAUCGACUUUCUCCACCCCCGCUCUCCUGUCCGGGCCAGCGGCCGACCCCGAGACAACGCUUGUUGACGACGGCAUGGGGGCAACAUCUACAGGCACCGGCGGCCUAUUACGACCACCAUCAUCAGGAGUAGACUAGUGCCACUCCUCACGCGUUCUGACAAUUUCAUGUCAAGCACUAGACACUGCUGCUGGUGGGCCUGACGUGUCCCGGGAUACCCUUUUUCCAAGUACUUCCGCCGUUC